AUGUUUAACGCUCUCAACCGCUUCAUAUCCCGUCUCGAUGGGGAUGUGCCCCAGAGGGAUAACAGCACCCAUGGCCAGUUUGGCUUCCAGGUCCUGCGCAACAACAACCUGGAGUUGAAGAUUGAGCCGUGGUUUGAUUUUGUCGUUGGCAUCAACGGCCGCAUGAUCGAUAAUCCAGACCCGCGCUUGUUUGCCCAGGAGGUUCGCAACUGCGCCGGUGGCACAGUGACUCUGGGCUUGUGGAGUGCCAAGGGCCAACGAACCCGCGCCCUCCAAAUCCCCGUCCCCGUCGACGCGCCGUCCCUCGGCCUGACACUGCAGUGGACCCCGCUCUCUGCCGUCUCCAACAUCUGGCACGUCCUCGACGUGCCCGCCAACUCCCCCGCCGACCAGGCCGGCCUGCUCCCCUACAGCGACUACAUCCUAGGCUCGCCCGACGGCGUCCUGCACGGCGAGGGCGGGCUCGGCGAGCUGGUCGAGGACCACAUCGGCCGCCCCUUGCGCGUCUGGGUCUACAACAACGAGUACGACGUCACCCGCGAGCUCUCCAUCCAGCCCAGCCGCGACUGGGGCGGCCAGGGCGCCCUCGGCUGCGUCCUCGGCUACGGCGCACUGCACCGCCUCCCCGCCCCGCUCAGCGAGCCUGUCAACGCACCCGGCGAGACAAUGUUUGAUGGCGGCGGCGAGCAGUACGGCGCUCCGCUGGUGUCGGACGGAGCCAACAUUUUCGUUCCCGGCGGCGAUGCGUCGUUGCCGCCCCACCAGCAGCAGCAGUCGCCUUACGAGGGUGGUGGCGAGUUCCUGGUCCCGGCCCAGUUGGCUGCUCCUGCGGCAACAACGACGACGAGCGCGCCACCGAGGGGGAAGAAGAAGGAUAGGCACCACGGCGCGGCCGCAGGCAAGGGCAUGAUGGAUGACUACUUCAAGGAGCAAGAGGCCAAGAGCAAGGCGCUGGACAAUGCGCCGAGCGGGCGAGUUACACCAGUCGCGCCGCCGCCGCGCGCUGGCGGUAGUGGGCCACCCAAGGCUGGCGAGGCUGCUGUGCCGCCGCCGCCGCCGCCGCCGGCCAAGACGGACGCCACUGAAGGGGAGGAUGCUGGUUGA